CGCCCGGUGACAGUUUGGGGACAGACAGGGGAGGAAGAAACUGCAGAAAGUAUAUACGUGGGAUCCUGUCUGUGCCAGCAGGGGGCGCUGAUGCCAGAAUGUCUGAUCUUUCCUAUGAAGAUACUGCCGGGCGCUGUACUGACUCUCCAGACAUUUCCGAAUUGGGCGCCGCCGGGCACUUUGAGCACAUUGCCCACAUGAACGUGUUCGAGAGCCACUUGUGGCCCCUCAGGAUCCCUGUCAAGAUGUGUCCGCUGGGCCCCGGAUCGACCAAUCAAGGGCGCGGGGAUACAGGAGCCGAGGAAGAUCCUGCGUCAGGGACAGAAGACAAUACCUCGCUGCUAUUGGACCAGGUUAAACAAGACGUUCUGCAGAUUAAAGGGCACAGUGGGGAGGAGAACCAGCCAAUCACAUCUCCUAUGAGAAAAAAUGUGUCGGAGAAGAAAAAGAAAUCGGGGAGAACACAAACCCCGGAUAAUGGGGAGAGAGAGGGGUGGGAGAGAGCCAAGGGGAUGGUGGAAGAAUUCCUGGACUUCCCAGCAAUGAUCUCAUCCUUGUCUUAUAGGAAACGCACGGAGCCAAACGCUCGGCCCUUCUGGACAAACUCAGUAAUGGGAGAUGAUCAAACAGAGCAGUGUGAGCCGCCCCCCUUACCCAACACCAGGCACAAUGCCCUCUUCCUGCGGGACUGCGAGGGGCCAUAUUGGCAGGUAAUGCCCCACCGGUGGGGGCCGGACACACCCUGCGCUUUGGACCUUGGUCAGAACCGGACAAGUCCGACUGGGAAUGGGAUUAUUCCUGAAGCAGGUUCUGCUGUGGGAAAGGGCCCAGAAACACCGGCCAAUGGGCAGCCUGAAUGGCAAUGGCCUUAAGGUGGGCGUGUCCCUCGCAGGGCGGGGAAGCUCCAAUCAUAUCGCUGGAAGGGUCGGACUUGGGACUUUCAUGGAAAAUAAAAAUAUGUAAUUUAAUGUUUUCACUUAA